ACACCGUUGGUAGAUUUUACUUUUAAGAACAAGUGACCAAACAAAGUUCUUCUUCCAUGUGACAUGCUACAUGUUUUUGCUCGUUCUCGUUCCUCUCACCCCUUUUUUCACCUAAACCGCAGCAGCCUAAGAAUCCCACCAUCAAAAUCACUUUCCAACCUUUCUUCAUCCUCAACCCAUUAUCAUCAUCUUCCAAUGGUGUCUCUUCUUGUUGCCACAACAAUCGACCCGGCUUCAAUCAACCCGGCCAAUGCCCUGUUAGCAUUUCCAGGCUGGCAACCCGGACCCCAUUUCCAGGAUGACAUGAAGAGUUUUGUGAAUGAAGGGUUGAGGGUUUUGCUUCAUGGAAAUAGUAUAGUUGUGGAAGAUUAUUUGGACGAAAGGUGGGAAAAGGUUACUGGAGAAGUUGUUGAUGAAGUUAUCUUCUUAAGUAAACACACUGCUGCUUCUAAUAAACCUGCCCUCACUGUUCAUCCUAUUGGAGUUCCUCAUUUGCGUGAAGGUGAUGUUCCACCUCAAGGUGGGAAACCGGGAUGGGCAGCACUGCCAAAUCCUAGGAUUGGACCUUGGAUUCGACUUUUGAAAAAUAUUGCUCAAGCUCAUAAUCUUGUCCCUGAGUUUGAGAUUACUUUGGAGGCUACUCAUCACGGACCUUUGACAAAUAAGCCAACCAUGUUUCUGGAGAUUGGUAGUACUGAAGACUAUUGGAAGAGGCAGGAUGCUGCUCAAGUUAUGGCUCAGUUAGUUUGGGAAGGACUUGGACUUGGAGGAGGGACUGAUGUUGGGAACUGGAGCAGGGCGAAUGAUAAGAAGAAAGUGCUUCUUGGGAUAGGCGGUGGACAUUAUGUGCCUAGGCAUAUGGAUGUAAUAUUGAAAGAUGACGUUUGGGCUGGUCACCUACUUUCUGGCUACUCAGUGCCAAUGGAAGAUCCAAAAGGAGAAACAAAUGUGGAGAUUGGAGGAACUUGGAAACAAUCUAUAAAAGCUGCAUAUGAGGCCACUAAAUCUGCUUUUCCUGGUGGUGAAAUUCUUGCACAUCUUGACCAAAAGAGCUUCAAGGGGUGGCAGAAGAAUGCCAUAACAGGAUUCCUUGCAGAGCAGAAUAUUAAAAUUGGAAAGCCAAAUAACUUCUAUUGAGUAUCGAUUUUAGAGGAUGAUAUUGUGAAUACUGAAUACGUAGACUGCAGACAGAGGCAGACUGAAUUUUUUUGUAGACCAGAAUAGCACUAAAAGUGACUUUGUUAUGCAGUAAUUUGAAGAUGAUAUUUUUGAGAUUUUUAAGAAAAACCACAAGUUAUUUUGGUUUGUUUACAAUUAGAAAAAGUGAUUUUGUAUUUCUCUUUACUAUAAAUAAUUUUGAAGCUCGGUAGAAUUUGGAGAAUUGUAGUCUAGAUCAUUGUUGAAAAAUGUAUGACAGAUUAAUCUGAAUUUAUUUGGCUUGGCAAUAUAUUGUGUUAAAGAUAUGUAGAAUAAAAUAUAGUUAGUUUCAUGGCUGUAAAUCUGCUGCUGAGUUCGUUAUACUAAAAAAAAGAACUCAAUAGUUUGGUAAAUGAUGAGACUGUAACUGUUAUAUUUUCAUAUUAAUGGUUGUUUGUGCAUUUGGGAUGUAGAACCAUAGUUUUUCUGAAAUGCAUGGGUUUUAAAUAUGUUGUGUGUGUUUCACCUGUUGAUAUUUUAACUGGAAAUAUGAAAAAUCUGCGACUUUACUCAUAAACUCGUGCCAAUUGCCAAAUAUUCUAUUUGCUUUCUACAGGAUUUAAGACAAAAUCGUUAUUAUAACCUUUCAUUUUACAUUGUUUGCCUAUGCAGACCAAAUAUCUGAGGCAGUUCUUAGUGGUGUUUCUCUUGAAGAUGAUAAAAGAGAACAGUUUAACAAAAUCGAACAGGUUGAGACUGUCUUCCAUAAAUUCGGCCACGCACUUCAACAUAUGCUUACUAAAGAGGAUGAGGGUCUAGUUUCUGGUCUUAGGGGAAUAGAAUUGAAUGCUAUGGAAUUACCUUCUCAGUUUAUGGAACAUAACCUUUAGAGGAUAGGGUAUUGAACUAAAAUCACUAAGUGAUCUUCUAUUAGUUUAAGUGAUCUUCUAUUAGUUUGCAAGUAGUUCUCAAUUUCAAAAAGUGUUAACUAUGUUAUCUUAUCUUGUGUUCGGAUCUUAUCUACAAAAUGAUAGAUAAUAUGUCACUAUAAGUUGUAUAAAUCAAUUCUAAAAGGAGAAUGAAAGGUGUUUUAGACUUUAA